AUGGCUAGCAAUGUCUUAGCCACUCCCCGGCGGAGCAAGACGAUGCCAACGGAGGGCCAUAUGACUAGGUUUCUCUACGCCAUACUAAAACAACUUGAUCUCAAAACAAUAGACUGGAGCGACGUCGCCACAGACCUUGAAAUCUCCAAUGGCCAUGCCGCUCGCAUGCGUUAUUCACGCUUCCGGCAACAGAUGGAGGGUACCAUAUCAGUGUCUAGAAAUCCAAAACCGAAAAAGGCUACCGGGAGAGCGGAUUCUGGGAAAGGAGAUAUUCGCAAAGGAGCAAAACCUAGCAAAGCUGGCGACUCGUCCGAUAAAAAGAAAAGGUUCGGCAUGCACAGCAACAACAAGAGUAUCGGCAAUACAAAAAGGGUCGCGGAUAUGGAAAAGAACCCUAAGAAGCGACUUGCUCCAGAUGACUUUGUCAAACUGGAGGCUGUGGAUUUCAAUUCAUUCAUGAGGCGAGAACCGGCCGCUGAUUUCAGGGCAAAUCCGUAUCAAUACCCCAUGACGAACAUAAUGACUCCGAACCGGAUGAUGCCUGCGUCUAACAAUAGUCUUCUUUUCGCACCGAUGCAAUAUCCGAUUUCCCAGUCUCCUUCCACCAUGGCCAUGAAUACAGAUAAUACCAUGGUAAACCAGAGCCCCUUUCCGGGCAGUUCACAGAUAUACAACACAGAGGCCAUCGGGAAUACUCCGAACUGGAAUCAAUCAACAGACUUCUGUUUCUCAGGCUGUUGUCAGCCUUGUUAUCCUUCAACGCCAACAAUGUAUCCAACUUAUCCGGCUACUUACUCAACAUCAUCGUCAAGCACUCAAUUCCAGCCACAGCAAACUCAACCGCUGGAAGUCCAACCUCUCGUCCCCCGGCCACAGAAUAUUUGGGUUCCUGUUAAACAGGAUGAUGGCUAUGGAGGAGCCUCGGACGAUGUGUUGGUCAAGGUAGAAGCUGGGACAGGAUUAGAAACAUAA